AUGGAGAAACCACUUGCCGGAAAGUGCCACAAAGAAGUCUGGUUUGGCAUUCUAGUCUCCUUUGUUUUGUGCUUUACCAUUCUUUGCUUUGAUUAUUCAACGUCAAUGUUGGGCGUCUACAAUGGGGUCAAUCUCUUAGUCAGACGUGUUCAUCCAUACAUCACCAGAGAUUCGUGUUACGGACGUUACAUUUAUGUUCAUGAUGAUCUUCCUGCCAAAUUCAACGAUGAUCUCCUCAAAAACUGCCAGAAUCUUACUACAGGGAGCAAGCCUAAGAAUAGUGACACACAAAAUAUGUGUCGUUACAUCGUGAAUUUGGGGCUUGGUCCUGAGAUUGAGGAACCAGAAGGGGUUUUAGCCAACGAGAGUUGGUUCAUCACAAAUCCUUACUUGUUAGAAGUCAUAUUCCACAACAAGAUGAAGCAGUACAAGUGUUUGACAAACAAUUCCAAUCAGGCUUCAGCCAUUUAUGUACCAUCCUAUGUUGGCCUUGAUGCCAGCCUCCAUCUGUGGGAUUUUAACCUCACGGUCAGAGACUAUUCAGCGAAAGAUCUUGUGGGAUGGCUUUCGGGCAAGCCCGAAUGGAAGAAAAUGUGGGGGAGAGAUCAUUUCAUGGUUGCUGGGAGGACUUCUUGGGACUUAGGAGGCAAAAGGAGAAUAGUUCUGAUUGGGAACAGAGUCAGAAGCCAAAAGAGGCCUUUCUUGUUCACUUUUGUUGGUGCGCCAAGGCCUGACAUGAAAGAUUCAAUCCGGGGCAAGCUUAUUGAUCAGUGCCAAGCUUCAAGCAACUGCAACCUCCAGGGGAUUCACACACUAGAAGAUCAACUUUCGACUCGUUUCUGGCAGGCUGCAUUCCGGUUUUCCUUCCAUCCUGCAACUGCGUAUACACAGUAUUUGUGGCAUUUACCGGAGAAUCAUACCAAGUAUUCGGUGUUUGUUCCGGUGAAAGAAGUUGAAAAUUUGAAAGAAGGCAUCAUUGAGAAAACUUUGCUUGGAAUUUCGAAGCAUGAGGAAUUGGCCAUGAGAGAGGAGGUUAUAAGGCUAAUACCAAAUCUGGUAUAUGCAGAUCCCAGGUCAAGAUUAGAGACUGAAGACGCAUUCGAUAUAGCUGUACAGGGAAUUCUUGAGAGGAUAGAGAAUGUUAGGGAGGUUAUUAGAGAGAGGAAGGAUCCUAGUAUUGGUUUUGCAGAUGAGGAUAAUUUUAAGUUUACAUUUCCUGAGACACCAGAAUAA